CGGCCACUUUCAUCUGAAGGGAACUAAACUUAUCGAUCUCUCCGCGCUUAGGGGGUUUACCCAUUCUCACCCGCAUUCGAGACCAUCCUUCGUCUUGAGGACCUGCGGAUUUGUCCGCAGAUUUCUCUUCAAUUUGAAUACGAUCGCCUGCUUCGGUUUCACAACCGGUUUCUCUGCGGCGGCUGUGCCAGCUUGCUGUGGCCACCGAGCCGCAUUUGGACACUCGUUCUAGGGCUUCAUGCGCCACUAGUAAUAUCUUUGGCAAUCGCCCUUUGUUCUUACGUUCACUUUUCUUCGAAAACAUCGUUUCAAGGUCGUAGACCUUGAAUUACAGUCAGUAUGAGGGCAUCCUUGCUAGCGUAUUCGCUUCUCUCUUUAUUCUCUAUCCCCACUCUCGCUUCUCCUUCCGACAAGGUCCUUGAAUCCAGAAAUGGCCGACUUGUGAAGAGAGCCGACGAUCCCGUCGACCCAGGGACCCUGUCUACUACUUUUAACGGUGUUGAAGUACCUCCUAUGAAAGAUUUGACGCCUGAAAACUUCGAGGAAACCGUCAAGGACGGCUACUGGUUCAUUAAGGAAUUCUCUCCUGCCUGUCCACAUUGCCAAAAGAUCGCUCCUACCUGGCAGACACUCUAUGAGUAUUACUAUACUUCGGAUCCCUUGGCCUCCUCCUCUUCGAAACCAUCCGAUACUAAAUCUCUGAACUCCUUCCAUGGCUUCUACAAUUUCCAUUUUGCAUCGCUGAACUGCCAGGCCUAUGGCGACUUUUGCAAAAAAUUGGAUGUCAAGUACUUCCCGCAAUUCUCUUUGUAUCACAAUGGUGAAAGGGUGGAGGAGUUCACUGGAAAGAAAUCCAUGGAAGGUCUGAGCGAGUACAUUGAAGAUAAACUUGAAUCGAUCAAGCCAGGGUCUCGUCCUGCGAAGGGAGUCAACCUACCGAAGCCCGGCGCCAAGGGCGUGGAUACGAAGGCUGAACCAGAGGUCCCUGCUGCUAAAGACAAGGACCCCGAGGCAGGCGCCAAGGCUGGUGAAAAGCACAAUGAGCAGGUUUCUGCCGAGGAUGCGUCUUCCGAGAAAACCUCUACGUUGAAGACUAAAACGAAACCGAAAGGGGGUCCAGCAAACCCUCAAGGAAUCUCUGUUCCCCUCACCGCCGAGAGCUUCCAGAAACUUGUUACGACCACGCAGGAUCCCUGGUUCAUUAAGUUCUAUGCCCCAUGGUGCCAUCAUUGCCAGGCACUUGCCCCUAACUGGCAGCAAAUGGCCAAGGAAAUGCAAAAUGUCCUGAAUGUCGGAGAAGUAAACUGCGACGCUGAGCCCAGACUUUGCAAAGAUGCUCAUGUAUCGGCCUUUCCCACAAUGUAUUUCUUCCGGGGUGGUGAGAGGGUCGAAUACAACGGUCUUCGGGGCCUAGGCGACCUAGUCAACUAUGCCAAGAAGGCAGUUGACGUUGGCUUGGGUGUUCAGGACGUCGACGCCACUUCCUUCAAGGAGCUGGAGGAGAAGGAAGAAGUCAUCUUCUUGUACUUUUACGACCAUGCUACGACAUCUGAGGAUUUUGAGGCUCUAGAGCGCCUAACUCUUAGCUUGAUCGGCCAUGGACGAAUUGUGAAGACUAACAGCGCAGCCCUGGCUGAACGGUUCAAGAUUUCAACAUGGCCCCGCCUUCUUGUUGUCCGAGACGGUCGAGCCAACUAUUACACUCCGAUUGCUCCCAAGGACAUGCGAGACUUCAGACAGAUUUUGGGAUGGAUGCGCACUGUGUGGUUACCCAUCGUCCCCGAACUUACCGCCUCCAAUGCUCGGGAAAUCAUGGAUGGUAGGUAUGUGGUUCUCGGAAUUCUAAGCCGGGGACGCUCGGACGAAUUCCUGCAGUCAAAGAGGGAGCUGAAGAGCGCAGCUCUUGAAUGGAUGGACAAGCAGGUUCAGUUGUUCCAAUUAGAACGGGCAGAACUUCGGGACGCCAAACAGCUCCGCAUUGAGGAGGCUGAUGACCGUAACGACCAGCGCGCGUUGCGAGCUGCCAAAAACAUGCGCAUCACAAUCCGUGAAGAUGACAAGAAACAGGUCGGCUUCGCUUGGGUUGACGGCGACUUCUGGGAACGGUGGUUGAGAAACACGUAUGGUAUUGAUGUGGCAAAUGGGGAACGAGUCAUCAUCAACGAUCACGAUAACCGACGGUACUGGGACUCAUCUUCGAGCGGGUCUCCCAUCCUGGCCUCACGUACUUCUAUUCUCGAAACUAUUCCUCUUGUGAUCGCCAACUCCCCUAAGCUGACACCGAAGUCCACUGUCGGCACUUUUGAAUCUAUCUUUUUCUUCGCUCGGUCCUUCAUCGUCAACCACCCCAUACUCUUCGUCCUCAUCCUGAUCUUCUCGGUUGUUGGCGCGACGUUGUUGGCUCGAGCCAGGGGCCGGCGUGCCGGCCGCGGUGGCAUUCUUGGUGUCACUAACGGCAGCAAUGGUUUCUUUCACCUUGAUGGGAAAGAAGGUCUGUUGAACGGCGGCUCAACCGGGAAGGUCGAUUAGUUGACAGUAUAUGAUCCGGAAGAAUCAUUUGUACAGUUAUUAUAUUCAUUUUCACCUCUUUUUUCUCUCGUGACCUUUCCCUCCCUCCCUCCUUCAUUUCGCUCGCGUCGAUUUCACGUGGUUUUUCUAUUGGAUUUGUAACGUUUUAACUGUGUUCUAUAUCUUGGUAUUGAUGAUGCCCUUCAUAUAUCUCGUUCCAUUUUUACACUGGUCUCCUGGUUCCGGCGGCGUUCGGGCGAGUGUUGUGCUGUCGGCAGGCUCCUCCAUAAUUUGUAUCAGACACGCGAGUGUCUCCUUAGUACCUAUACAGAUUACAAAAAGCAAUCAUUUUACAUUGCCA